AUGAAACUUAAAGAAUCUGAUGAUGAAAUUAUCAAUGGCGAUUCUGACAUUGAUAAGGAUUAUGGUCAGGGCUCAGAUAAAAGUGCUAUAGACUUUAAUAUAAAGAUCGAGGUUUUACACGACUUUUCCCAUAUUCUGCAAGUUGAUCUUUGGACUUCUUGGAGUGUGUCAGUAUGGGAGGUGGCAGCGGACGGCCAGGACGCUAACGUGACACUGACACAGCUCCCCCACGUGGUCGACCAGGCUCGGCGGCUGCGGCAGGUGUCGUGGUGCGUGACGGUGGUGGUGGUGAGCGACGACCUCGCCUUCCUCGCCGCCUUCGCCCAGUGGUCCCUCAAGGGCCGCUUGGUGGGUCCAGCAACCAGGCUCCUCGCUGUCACCAACGCUUCCUUGGUCAAUAAUCCUGACCUCAGCAGGACCUACUCCAAGAUGAACGCUGUGAUGCUCGUCGUUGAAGAUUACCAGGAAUCUCGACAGUGUGGAGUAUACCUACACCUUCCGUACAGUCCCCGGGGCGCCCAGGCGCUGAAGGUGGCCUCCUGGACGCCCCACCAAGGCCUCGCUCUCACCUCCAGCCUCCCGCUCUUCCCCGACAAGUUCUCCAAGAACAGACUUAAUUUACACAUAGGCAUGCAAGGCGUUGCAGAACAUGAAAAGUGGGACAAUAAUGUGGCGGGAUUGAACUAA